AAUGUUUUCACAUAUAACCACAUUCUUUAUAUUUCUUUUUUUUUUCUCUGUUUCUUUAUACCCUUUCCUCGGUCAUAUAUACACCUUUCAUUCGAUUAUACUUUUUUCGAACACAAACCUGUACAGAUCAUUAACUGCCAGUCUAGCUUCUUUCUGAAUUUCACCUGUGUCAAGACAACAUCACUUUCCAGCAAUGAAAGCCAAAAAUAUGAAUUUCUUCUCACCCAAUCAUUAAUUUGUUCUACCACUGCCAGCACCACACUGACAAAUUCCCUGUUUUAUGUUGAUCAGUGGUUCUCAACCAUUUCUCCCCUGUGGACCCCUUUGAUUCUUAUGAGGAUGGAUCCUCAUAACCAUUUGAUAUUUUAAAAAUCCUAUUAUAUUUUCAUAAUUAAAUAUUAUUAAGAAUUGUAUAAAAGAAUGAACACAUUUUGUGUACAGUAGAAGUAUAACCAAUUCAUUGUACAUAAAUUCUAACAACAAAAUCUUAUAUGAACCCCCAAGGGCUAUGUGGACCCCAGUUAAGAACUACUGAUGUAGAUGGAUAUGGGAGUAUUGAUUUAUCUUGUUCAGUAAAACAGUACUCUGACUGACAUCAAAUGAAAUCAUAACGUUCAUACUAAAGAAUCGAUGAUCCCUCUAACAGAGCAAGAAGAUGAUCUCUAUAAAUGUGCAUGCUUCUCACAAUUUUGUACAUCAACCAAUCCAGUGCUUGAUAUCUAUUAGAAUAAGAUAUAUGAACAAGCUACUAAAUAGCUAGAACAUUAAGCUCAGUUUCUAUAGCACUAAAACUCUUACAAUCAUAUUAAACAGGACAAAUUUUCUGCUAUCAAAUAAUAAAGAGAAUGACAUUGUCUUGUUUGGGUAACACAACGAAACAUUGAAAGUGUAAUUAUAUGACAAAUUAUGAGACCAGAUCCCAGGAUUUUAUUCACUUGAUCAUUAUUAAUUAAAAUAAAUCAGAUUGUUCCAUAACAAAGCAUGGGUGGUAAAUGUGAACCAGGGACUACAGUAAUUUCUCUAGCAGUUGUUGGUACAGCUUUGGCUUCAGUUGUUUUUUAUGUCAUUGUUAAAAGCUUAUAUCGCUAUUUUAAGAAACGUUUUAGACAUUCAAAAAGUGAUGAUUUAACUAUAUAUGAUAUACGAAAAUUAUCAGAGCAAGGAAACGAUAUCUAUAAAUGUGCCUGUUUUGCACACUUACCUUUUGUCCAUCAGCCAAAUGUCAGGAACCUCUGUCACCAUCAACAACAACAACCACAAACACAGAUAACAGAAAAUUCAACAUCAGAAAGUUUUUCUCUCCAAAGCAAGAAUACUAAACUAGUAUACAUAAAUCCCGAGUUUGAAGAAGUAAUCCAAGGAAAAUGUAUUCCUUCAAAUACUUCAAACUCAAUUAGUUUUGUUGAUAGCUGUAUAUCUACUGAGAAUGAUUCUGCAUCACAUUCCUAUGUUCAAAAAGAAAGUAAUACCCGAAACUCUAGUAUCUAUGAUCCAAAUUUUUUGCUUUCAGCCUACAAUGCUGGGUACCCUAUUGGAAACUGUCUGAAGGAAAUAUAUCAAAUAACAGAGCGCAGCAUUACUAAACAAAUUUGUAAUAAGCUGGUGGUUUGUGUAAGUCACCUGGUUACUGACGCUGGUGACACUCUCAUACUUGAUAAUAUGGGUAUAUCUCUUUGUAUACCACCUGGAGCCAUUGAAAGUGGGAAGAAACAGGUUAUCUCUCUUGUGCUUAACUGGGACCUCUCGGACAACCCUCUGAUGACUGGUGAUGAAUCUCUUGUAAGUCCUCUUGUCUAUUGUGGACCCCAUGGUUUGAAACUGAAGCGAAGUUGUCAACUUAUAUUCAAACAUUGUGCUUUUAAUAUAAACGAACUAAAAAUCUUGAAAAGUGAGACUGAACUUACAGGUCAUAAAGAUUGGCAACAGUUAAAGGACGAAGAGCAUUCUGGAAAUAACAAUGAACAGUGUCAAAACUCUUUUAAUAUCACACCAAAUGAGUGUCAAGUCAAUAUAAGUAGUUUCACAUUAUUUACAGCCAUCAUGACUAUUCUGGAAGAUUGUGAUGAUGACAGUCUUCCACAAAGCUGUAAAUGGUUGCAGUUGGCUGCUUUUUCAUGUCCACUAAAGUCAAACAGUUCGCAUUACCAAAUCAGAAUUUAUUUUUUAAACAAGACACCAUGUGCUCUACAAUGGGCCAUUCAAAAUGAAGCUAAAUUUGGGGGUGUAUUAUGUUGUCCAGAAAAGGUGUUUUUGUUUGAUGGUAGGAAGGAAGUUGGACAUGGAAAAGACGUGAUUAUUAAUACAAUAUAUACUUCUGAAGGAUGGGAAAUGAUAGAAGAUACAGAUGACGAUUCAAACAGAAUUCCGUUCCUCUAUAUUUGGCAUGGGAAAUGUCCAUAUGCAUCACUUUGUUUCCAUCGUCAACUUUCUACAUCAAAACCAACAAAAGAGCUUAGUUUACAGUUCCAUAUCUUCCAAGAGACUUUGGAAAGUGCAGGUGAAAAAUUAAUAGUCCAAAACCAGGCCAAACCAAAUAUUUAUGAUGAUAAUGAGCAGCAGUGUGAGAAACAUAAAUCACCCCAAAUCAAAAUCCAAGUUUCAGUCAAUGGAUUUAAGGAAAGCCAAGAUAUUUUCGAUGUUGCGAACCAUUUGAAAUGCAAGAAAAUUCCACAGGAACUAAGAUUGAAGCUUAAAUUACUACUAGAUCCAUCUUGUUUAUUUGAUAAAAACUGGAAAGCUUUGGCAUCAUACUUGAAUCUUGAUUCAUCAAUUCGGUACAUGGAAGCAAAAGAGAGUCCAACUGAUCAAAUUCUGGACAUCUUAGAACAGAAAAUGUACAGCUUGGAAGCAAUACAAAAUAUUUUAACAGACAUUGGGAGAAUUGAUGCUGCUACUGAAAUAAAAGAAUUUCUUGAACAGUCAGUGGAAGAACUACCACAGAAUUAAUCUUAAAGAGCACAGAUGUUGACAUAUUAAUUUGUAAUAGAAAAACAAUGCUAAACUUAUGUAGAAAAGAGUAUUAUUAAUGGAAAGAGGUCUAGUAUGUAACUAGUAUGCAUUUUAUCAGUUCCUGAGAAUGACAGAAUCAUUCCUGGCAAAAUUUGAACUUCAAUCCAGUGCCAAAUUACCACAUACCUGCCAUUGAAAUAUUAUCCACCAAAUGUUGGUAU